AUACUAAUCUCAGCAUCAGCAGGACCACAAAAUAACCUAGAGAUUACACGCAUUGCCCUAUUUAUUAAUGAAGCUGCUUCUACCAUCAUUUCAUGUUCUUGUGCUUUUUCACUUCGAGAACUCUCGACAUUCCUUUCAGAACUCAAGCAGAGAAAAAAGAGAAAUUGUACUGUGAUCGAUGGAUCAAGAAUUCAAACAAGAAAUAUUGGAAUCUGGUUUGGUUGCUUGUAACAGUGCAAAUGGAGAGCUAGACGACGAUGGCAAACCCAGAAGAACUGGAAGCAUGUGGACCGCAAGUGCACAUAUAAUAACAGCAAUAAUAGGGUCUGGAGUGCUCUCACUUGCUUGGGGUAUGGCACAGCUUGGAUGGAUAGUUGGCGUAGGAGCCCUCUUGUCAUUCUCAUGCAUUACGUACUAUACAUCUGGUCUCCUGGCUGAUUGUUACAGAUACCCAAAUCCUGUAACUGGGAAGAGAAAUUACACCUACAGGGAAACUGUUCAUUCCUAUUUAGGUGAAAAAAUGCGCAAGGCUUGUGGGUUUGUUCAAUUCAUAUUCCUUAGUGGGUCGGCAGUUGGCUACAUAAUUACAGCAUCUAUAAGCAUGAUGGCCAUAAGAGAAUCGAAUUGUUACCACAAGGAAGGGCAUGGAGCAUCUUGCAAGUUUUCCAGCAACUGGUACAUACUUGGGUUGGGGAUUACUGAAAUAUUCGUGUCUCAAAUCCCAAAUUUCCACAAGCUCUCAUGGCUCUCUAUUAUAGCUGCUACCAUGUCUUUUGCUUAUGCAUCAAUUGGGCUUGGACUCGCAUUCGCCCAGGUCAUUUCAGGGGAAGGAGGAAGAACAACUUUGACUGGAGUAGAAGUUGGGAUGGAUCUAACAACGGAAGAUAAAAUUUGGAGGAUGUUUAGAGCUGUUGGUGAUAUGGCAUUUGCCUGUGCAUAUUCUCCAAUUUUAAUUGAAAUCCAAGACACUCUGAGGUCGUCACCACCAGAAAACAAAGUGAUGAAGAAAGCUAAUGCGAUAGCUGUGUUAACAUCAACAACAUUCUACAUGAUGUGCGGUUGCUUAGGCUACGCUGCAUUUGGGAACAAUGCACCAGGCAACAUGCUAACUGGCUUUGGAUUUUACGAGCCCUUCUGGUUGAUUGACCUGGCCAAUCUCUGCAUUGUGGUGCACCUAUUGGGAGCGUAUCAGGUUCUGUCGCAGCCGGUGUUCAAUACAGUAGAAUCAUGGGCUAGCAACAGGUGGCCCAAGUCUAAAUUUGUGUCCAGCGAAUACCCACUAAACAUUGGCAAGAAAAAGUUGAAUUUCAGCGCCAACUUGUUAAGGCUGACUUGGAGAACAAUGUUUGUGGUGGUGACAGCUCUGCUUGCCAUGGCGCUUCCUUUCUUCAAUGACAUACUUGCACUCCUUGGAGCUCUUGCCUAUUGGCCCAUGACAGUCUACUUCCCUGUGGAGAUGUACAUUGCUCAAAACAAGAUUAAACGGCGCAGCUUAAGGUGGUUAGGGCUGGAGCUUUUGAACUUGGCUUGCUUCCUUAUUACUAUGGUUGUGGCAUGUAGUGCUAUUCAAGGCUUCAAUCAGGGCCUCCAAACUUACAAGCCCUUCAAGUUUUAAAAAUAAUCCACAACCCAUCAGUUUCUAUGCUUGUGACUAGUUUCAUUUAACAAACUUGUAAUACUUCUUGUAGCAUUUUAAUUGGUCAAGGCUUUCUCUAGUAAUUUCAAUUUUAAAAUAGAAAAAAUUAAUUAAAUUAUUUUUAAUUUACUAAAUUAUUAAAAUUAAAUGUGUAUUUAUUCAAGAAAAAAUUAUAAAAAAGUAUUUUAUGAUUUUACUUAUUUUUACUUCA